GCGCGUUUCGCACAGUUCGCGCGUGUUUCAAAACUUAUCCUCACACACAUAUCUUUAAACUAUUAUUAUAAAAACAACAAAAAAAUUAUCAUGGAAAAUUUCAACUAUUUUGUGUUGGUUUCAACCUAUCCAAAAUUAAAUAUGAAAAUAAAAGGACUUUUAGUGAUAAGUGUAAGACUAAGUGUUAGAAACUAAUUUGCCAAUAAUUUAUUGCUCAAAAUUAAUCCAUAAAAUACAUAUCCAUAGAAAUGUUCUUAUCAAAAAAUAUCUGUAUCCUUGUAGUCCUUGUUAUCCUCGUAGAGAAUAUCUUCAGUUAUAAUCAUCGUGCAAAACACAAACCGCAGAGACACCGUGCUUCCUUCGCGUAUCGUGAAGACUUCCUUGAUGAACAUGCGCAUGCGCACGUGCAUGAACUGGAACAGAUUCUGAAAGAAUCGGAGUCAAGCGAAGGAGUACACGUAAAACAUCACAUAAGGCAUCAUCAUGAAGUUACACCUUGGCCUGUGAAGAAGGAAGCUGUGGUUGAAGGGGAUAUUGUCCUUGGAGGACUUAUGAUGGUGCAUGAACGUGAGGAUUCUAUUACUUGUGGGCCGAUAAUGCCGCAAGGUGGCGUUCAAGCGCUGGAGUCCAUGUUGUAUACAUUAGACCGAUUGAAUAAUGGUGAUUCAACUGGUACGCUGUUACCGGAAAUUAAACUAGGAGCGCAUAUUUUGGAUGAUUGUGAUAAGGACACUUAUGGACUUGAGAUGGCCGUCGAUUUUAUUAAAGGUUCCAUCAGCAACAUAGAUGGCGCUGAAUACAGUUGCAAUAAAAGUCAAGUACGCAAGGUAAUUUCCGGUGUUGUGGGCGCUGCUAGCAGUGUGACGUCCAUUCAAGUUGCGAAUUUAUUACGACUUUUCAAGAUUCCACAAGUAAGUGUCAUUCUUUCAACAAGUCCAGAAUUAUCCAACAAACAGCGAUUUGAAUAUUUCACACGUACCAUUCCUUCGGAUCAUUAUCAGGUUAAAGCAAUGGUGGACAUCGUCAAACUUCUGGGAUGGAGUUACGUCUCCAUUAUUUAUGAAGAAUCAAAUUAUGGAAUCAAGGCGUUUGAAGAAUUGGAGGAUUUAUUGGCGGAGUAUAAUAUUUGCAUUGCCAUCAAGGAGAAGCUGGUCAAGGAUUCUGGUGUCGCGGAUGAAAUCGCUUAUGAUUCUAUUGUGCAGAAGUUGUUGACAAAGCCGCGAGCAAGAGGAGCAAUUGUAUUCGGUUCGGAUCAAGAAGUCGCUGGAGUAAUGCGUGCCGUGCGUCGUAACAACGCCACCGGAAGUUUCUCCUGGAUAGGUUCCGACGGAUGGAGCGCGCGCUCCCUGGUGUCGGACGGCAACGAAGCAGAAGUAGAGGGCACACUCAGCGUCCAACCACAAGCCAAUCCAGUGCAGGGUUUCGAAGAGUAUUUUCUUAACCUGAACGUUGAGAAUAACAAACGCAAUCCUUGGUUUGUCGAAUUUUGGGAGCACCACUUCCAAUGUCUCUACCCCAACAGUUCAAGAACACCUUACAACCAAAAUUAUAAAAAAAUGUGCACAGGAAAAGAACAACUCUCAAAACAAAACACCGUCUUCGAAGAUCAACUUCAAUUCGUCUCCGAUGCCGUCAUGGCGUUCGCAUACGCAAUCAGAGACAUGCAUUUGGAGCUGUGUAAAGGCCGGCCGGGAUUAUGCGACGCAAUGAAACCGACCAAAGGAACCGAACUUCUGAAAUAUCUCCGCAAAGUAAACUUUGAAGGUUUGAGCGGGGACCGAUUCCACUUCGACCAAAACGGCGAUGGUCCAGCUCGAUACAAUAUCAUUCACUUCAAACAGACCACGCCGGGGAAGUAUAAAUGGGUGCGAGUCGGCGAGUAUCACGAAGGGGAGCUGAGACUUAACAUGCAAGAAAUCCAGUUUAAGCUCGCCCACCCCAAACCGCCGGAAUCCGUGUGCAGUUUACCCUGUGACCUUGGCCAGGCGAAGAAGUACGUCGAGGGUGAGAGCUGCUGCUGGCAUUGUUUCAACUGCACGCAGUAUCAGAUUCGUGACCCCUUCGAUGAAACCCAAUGCAAAGAAUGUCUCCCCGGAACAGUACCCGACGCCCUGCACGUUCGCUGCGUGGACAUCCCGGAGGAGUAUCUGCAGCCGACAAGCGCGUGGGCGAUCGGCGCGAUGGCGUUCAGCUCCACCGGCAUAUUGGUAACAAUGUUCGUCUGCGGCGUCUUUAUCCGCCACAACGACACUCCGGUGGUGCGGGCGAGUGGUCGCGAACUUAGCUAUGUUCUUCUCGCUGGCAUCUUCAUGUGCUAUGCGGUCACGUACGCGCUAGUCUUCCGACCCAGCGACGUCGUUUGCGGAAUUCAACGAUUCGGCGCUGGUUUCUGCUUUACAGUGGUAUACGCGGCGCUAUUGACAAAAACAAACCGCAUCUCGCGCAUCUUCAACGCCGGCAAGCGGUCCGCGAAGCGGCCGAGCUUCAUCUCACCACGCUCGCAGCUCAUCAUCUGCGCCGGAUUAGUCGGCGUGCAAGUGCUGAUCAACGCCGUGUGGAUGGUAAUCUCGCCGCCGAAAGCCAUCCAUCAUUAUCCGACGCGCGAGGAUAAUCUGCUCGUCUGUUCGUCGUACAUCGACGCCUCUUACAUGAUCGCCUUCACCUACCCUAUCUUGCUGAUUGUGAUCUGCACCGUCUACGCUGUGCUCACAAGGAAAAUUCCGGAAGCUUUCAAUGAGUCAAAGCAUAUCGGAUUUACGAUGUACACGACGUGCGUGAUCUGGCUCGCCUUCGUCCCGCUUUACUUCGGCACGGCGAACCACGUCGCGAUGCGCAUAACGAGCAUGUCCGUCACGAUCAGUCUCUCGGCGAGCGUCACCGUCGUCUGCUUAUUUUCCCCUAAGUUGUACAUCAUCCUGAUUCGCCCGGAGAGAAAUGUUCGACAAUCGAUGAUGCCGAUGCGAUACUCAGCUAUUAAUAAGAGUACAACUGCCACGACUAAUUCAGGGGCGGGCAGUAUGAUGGCAGCAGUUACAUUGACGGCAGCCACGUGCAAUCAAAAGAAUCAGAUUCAGAAACACGUACCGCCUGGAAGCACAGAAGAAAAAGAUGGCGACAGUGGUAUAAAACCGGAAUUAAAAGAUUCCAGUACACAAACGAAUGGUUACAUAGCGCCGCCACCGUCAGCUGCGGCCGCUGCAAAUGGCUUAACCGCCUCACCAAACAACAACGCCGCUCCCAAUGAGGAACAUCCAGCACGCGUCAACAACAACUACAAUAACGGACCUAUAUUGCCAAUCAAAGGCGAUUUAUAGCAAUUGGAAAAAGAUGCCGUAGCUGCCGCCCCCGGCAGCCGUUCCUCCAGCCUGCGCUCGCGACGCAAUCCCGUGCAGGUGUAGCCCAUACUCACGGCGUUGCUCCAGCCAAAAGAGACUCAUUUGUAAUUUACAUAUCUAGCAAAGUAAAGAAACAAACAAAAAAAAGCGAAAAUAAAAUAAAAUAAAAUACAGGUUUUUCACAAUUUAGCGUUAAAGAUAAAGACAAGAACUGAACAGGGUAUUGUAAAUUUCGUUACUGUUAAAUUUGAUUGAGUUUAUUUAAUGCGUUCAUGGAAAUGAUUUCUUCUCAAAAAAGUUCUUGUGAUAACUCAAUUUCAUCUCUACUUUAUGUAAUAAAAUCGGUGCUGUGACAUUAAAUUAAUUCUACGUUGACUUAUAGAACAAUUUCAAAUUGAAUGUAUUCUACUUGUGAAACAUAAUAUCGUGAAGAAAUAUCCAAAAUAUUGUACAUAUAUAUAGAUAUAUACUGUAUGUUAUCAAUGUGACGAUUGUCGGCCAUGUUGAAGUAUCAGUAUCAAUGUUACUAACGCCCCGAUGUAUGUAUGGUUGCAUACGUUAUCAAGUAAACUCAAAUAUUGUAAAUAGAGAUUAUAAUAACUUAACAUACUCAAUAAGCUAAACUAAUUGGUAUUGAUGUUGAUGCGUUUAUGGUAUCAAAAUAAUUAACACUUCCAGAAAAUUAUGUAGAGUCAGUGUGCGAAUGUGAGAUUGUAAGAAAUAACGAAAUUAUUACAAAAUUAAUUAUCGACCGAGCGUGCGGUUGAUGCGGAAGUUAUUCGUGUACGCGUCGUCAUUUAAUGGGAUUUAAUCAUAAUCGCGCGUAAUGCGAUUUAAAGCGCAGCGCGAAAACUUUUCAACGGCGAGUUUAACUAAGUUAAUCGCACGCGCGAUUAGCGAGUUAAAUAGUUUCCAGCUCGCGCCGGAACAAAAAGUUGCAAACAUUUGCAAGUGUUUAUUAAUGUUUAAUAAAAUGGUGGAGUAAAGAAGGGAAUAAAAUGGCGGACGGGCAGCUGCGCUAUGAGCCCGUGCAGUUGCCCGUCCUUUUCUACUGUGUAUAUCAAGCGCCUUGUUUCAUUCAACUUGAUUGUCGUUGGUGAAACAAUGUUGAAUUGU